AUGGAGGCAAAAGAAGCCGAGGCGAUGGUGAAAGGGCAGGUAGCUAUAUGGCGGUACCUGUUCGGAUUUGCGGACUCGAUGGUUCUCAAAUGCGCCGUGGAGCUCCGCAUAGCAGAUAUUAUAAACUCCUACGGCCAGCCAAUCACACUGCAAAAGAUCGCCUCUUCCAUCAGUAGAUCCUCGUCCCUAGACAUUCCGUCCCUUGCUCGAAUCAUGAGGCUGCUCGUCCGCCGAGACAUCUUUGCCUCCUAUCAACCAUCGGAAGGCGGAGAGACACUCUACGGGCUCACAUAUGCGUCGAGGUGGCUGGUGACUGGGUUCGAGUCGAACCUCGCGUCCAUGGUCAUGAUGCAGAGCCACCCUCUCCUAUUGGCUACGUGGGAUUGCAUCGGUCAAUGUAUCAGAGAAGGAGAAAUGCCGUUUAAGAAGGCGCACGGGGUAGAGAUGUGGGAGAUGGCAUCGAAGAACCCUUCCUUUAACAAGUUGUUCAACGAUGCGAUGGAAUGUAACACCAAGACCGUUAUGCAGGCGAUCCUGGGAGCCUACAAGGACGGGUUUGAGUUCGUCGGUACGAUUGUGGACAUGGGUGGUGGGACCGGUGGGAUGAUUGCCGAGAUUGUGAAGGCCAACCCCGACGUUCGAGGGAUCAACUUCGACCUGCCACAUGUUGUGGCCACGGCACCGGCUUACCCAGGAGUUGAGCAUGUCGGCGGCAGCAUGUUUGAGUCCGUUCCUGCUGGGGAUGCUAUAGUCCUGAAGUACGUGUUGCACACUUGGGGAGACGAAGACUGCGUGAAGAUCCUGAAGAACUGCAGGAAGGCAAUACCCGAGACACUGGGGAAGCUGAUCAUAGUAGAAUUGGUUCUACAGCCGGAAGGAAAUGGGCCCUUCGACGAUAUAGCCGCGAUAUUCGACGUGAUGAUGUUUGCACACCAACCGGGCGGGAAGGAGAGGACCGAGCUCGAGUGGAAGAACCUUUUGGCAGAAGGAGGCUUCCCUCGUUACAACAUCAUCAAGAUCCCCUCUCUUCCCUCGAUAAUUGAAGCCUACCCCAAUUAAUCUGCUUUGUUUAAUCAGUUCAUUCAGCAUUUUAUGAGUUCAAUGGUGAAUGUCGCACGUUCCUAAAAAUUAAUAAGGGUGCACUACAGUGAUGCACGCUCUCGCCUACCAACCGAGAUAUUAGAGGUUUGAUUCUCGUGAUGGGACUAUCGUAUCCCUGCAUUAACAGUUAUGAUUUCUAUUUUGUUGUAUUACCGAAAAAGGAAAAAUGAUAUUACAGUUGGA